CAUACUUAAGGUGUGCCUUAAGGUGUAAUUUGUAAACACCGCUGUCAACUUGGGUUGGCACAGUAAAGUUUACAUAAUCACGUUUGACCAUCUCAGGAGCCCGUAAUCGUUAGGUAGAAAGGGAAUUCUGGCCAUUUUUGCUGCGAUUUGAAACGCCAUUAGUAUGUUGGCAUUAUCCAACCAGAUUACCAGAACAGAACGGUAAAAGAAAAUGGAUCGCCAGUUGUCUUCAACGCCGAAUGUUUCGCCAGAACGCGGAAACGAUGGUGCCGCCGCAGAUCCGGAAUAUGAGAAGAUGGUCAAAACCAUCCAACGUGGUAGAAACAAUGAUCCGGUGGAAGGUGAUUUGAAAGUGAAUGUGUUUCACUUCUUUUCAUCGUCUUCCGAUUCCGGAUGUAGCAUCUGUGAUGCGAAAGAUUGCCGACACGAAGAAGGGAUGCCUCGCCUAGUGAAUGCACCGUUAGCAGUGCAGGAGCAGAUGGGUGGGUUAAGUAGCUGCGAAUAUAGUAUUUGUGCUGAUGCAGCUGCAAGCGAGAAGAAGACGGUUGCGAUAAACAAGCAGGUUCCGGAACAGAUGGAAACAAGUGGAUCGUUUAAACCAACCAGUGUGGCACCGGCAGACCAAAACAAUCCGAACAAUCCGGAAAAUGUUCCGGAAACUUUAGAGAAAGAAGAUAAACCCGAUGGUCUGACGUUGGAGUUGCAACAUUCCGGUACAGAAGAUACGCGAGUUACUAAUAAAUCAUGCUGUGUUAUUAUUUAGUUUGUAGUUGGAAAUUCAACUAUUAAACUUAAGUAACUAUUCGCUUCAGUUUACGUCCUUUUUUAUUUUAAGUGUCUUACGGCGGUCGGUAUGGAAAGGAGGCCCCCGAGGCGGGUACUUCUAUGCACAUAACUUUGAUCACUAUGUAAAAUUGGUUACGAUAUCCAAGAUUUAUCAGGCCAAGACCAAGAAGCAGUUGCAAUGACGGAUAAGUAAGAUGCGAGUGUGGAGAUUAUUGGAGGUUGUGAUCAACGUUAGGUUACUUGAGUCGUCUAGUGGACCGAUGUGCUAUUCUCGUAAAUCGUGUACUUGUCUCUUGGUCUUGUGAUACUCAUCAGAUGGUAAACUUUAGCAAAGAAAAAAAAUACAUUUUAUAUAGAUCGUGGCAAAUAGCAGACGCUUCCAUUGAACAACAAUUUUAUUUGGAAAACCUUUAUAACUUCUACGUAUUAAUUUAAUCCCCUGAGAUUAUUUUAAUUAUAAAUUAGGUUAUAAUAUGUUAAACAUUGCAGAGCAACACAUUUCACAUUCCAUAGGUAGGUGAGUUUGGUUGAUGUUUUCUUUUUGGAAACGAUAAAACAAAUUCCACGUAGAAGCGUACACCAAUGGAGGCGCAUGGUUACACAGUGCGAACGUUUCAAAACAUAUGUGACGGGGUUUUCUCCUUACUUGUGGGUCAUCCUACACAUGUUUUUCCUGCCCCCGUUGUAUAACGGAUGCUGUAAAAACUGAGAUCAUGGCUACAAUCUCGUUGGAACAUUAUUUAAACAACAUCAACCAAAAAAAAAAACAAAUAACCUUAUGUACAGGUUAAGUGUAAAGCAGCACAAACGAACGAAUCCAACGAAUCAAGGCUUGUGCGAGAACGCUUGCCAGAAAUGGGGUUUUAAAAAAAAAGAAAAUCAUUUAAAGUUGUAAAGCGCACGCUUCACGAUGGAAUCCGCUUCUGUGAACUUUGCUCAUAAUUUAUUUAAAUGACCCGUUUGUCCAAUGUUAAUGGACGUGGAGCGGUUUUUUUUGAAGACAAACACACUUCUAAGGUUGUUGGAUGAAACGAAUAUGUUAAAGCUGUUCGUAGAGCGUAGAACAGCGCGUAGACGAACGUGAGUGCCCAUGCAGAAGCUACUUGCUGUUUAAAUAGAGACCAAGUGUAGAGUUUCCCGGUUGUUUCUG